AUGCGCGGAGGCAUUAGCAAUGAUAGGUGCUCCGCAUUUGCAGGUCGCGAUGUCAUUGCGCAAGCCCAGUCCGGAACAGGGAAAACUGCUACUUUCUCAAUCUCAAUCUUACAACGUAUUGAUGAGAAUGAACCGAGUGUACAAGCCCUAGUUAUGGCUCCUACACGUGAAUUGGCUCAGCAGAUCCAAAAAGUUAUGUGCGCACUUGGAGAUUAUAUGAACAUCAAAGUGCAUGCCUGUAUUGGUGGAACAAGCAUUCGUGAUGAUCAACGCAAACUUGAAAGUGGCGUACACGUUGUUGUCGGCACCCCAGGUCGGGUCAAUGACAUGAUCAACCGUAAUGUUCUUCAAACAAGUCGCAUCAAGAUGUUUGUUUUGGAUGAAGCUGAUGAGAUGCUCUCCCGCGGUUUUAAAGAUCAAAUUUACGAAGUUUUCAAGACUUUGCCUCAGGAAGUGCAGGUUGUGUUGCUUUCCGCCACUAUGCCUACUGACGUACUUGAUGUGACGGAUCGAUUUAUGAGGAAUCCCAUCCGCAUUCUUGUGAAGAAGGAAGAGCUAACUCUCGAGGGUAUUAGGCAAUUCUAUAUAAACGUUCAAAAAGAUGAGUACAAAUUUGAGACACUUUGCGAUCUUUAUGAUGCCGUUAAUGUAACCCAGGCUGUUAUCUUCUGUAAUACGAGAAGAAAGGUAGAGCAGCUUACUGAACAGAUGACAAAGAAGCAGUUCACCGUAUCUAGCUUGCAUGGAGACAUGGAGCAGCAAGAUAGAGAUGUGAUCAUGCGCGAAUUCCGAUCGGGCUCUUCUCGUGUACUUAUCACUACUGAUCUGCUUGCUCGUGGUAUCGACGUUCAACAGGUACAGCGACAUUAA